CCCCUUUAAGGACCUUGUUGCGCUGUGCCGUGACGGGCUGUAGGGCGAGCACUGUGCGCAGGCGUCCUUCUGCCAUUUUUCCUCCAUCUCCCGGUUGCUUCUGUUACUGACCUCCUCCCGGUUUUCAGCAGCGUUAAACCAGCAAGGUCUGUUUCAAAUAAAAACAGUGCAUUAACACCGCAUUUAAUAUCCUUCACCCAUGAAGCAUGGCGGCUAAUUUCGGCAAGAUCGUAAUCGGCAUUUACGUGGAGAUAAAACGAAGCGAUGGACGAAUACAUCAGGCUAUGGUCACAUCCUUAAAUGAAGACAAUGAAAGUGUCACGGUUGAAUGGAUAGAGAAUGGUGACACUAAAGGAAAAGAGAUUGACUUGGAGAGUAUAUUUGCACUUAACCCUGAUAUCGCCCCUGAUGAAGACAUUGCUCCUAGUCCUGAAACCCCACCUCCACCAACGCCAAGCUCUGUGAAAGUUAACAAGAUAGCAAAGAAUCGAAGAACACUAGCACCCACUAAAAAUGAAACACCUUCCAGAGAUAACAGAGUUGGGUCUGCUCGAGCACGGCCCAGUCAGCUUCCAGAACAAGCACCGCAGCCUGCAGCACAACAGCAGCAACAGCAGUCACAGCAACAACAGCAGCUGCAGCAGCAGAAUGCUCGCAGAAAAUCUAACUGUGUCAAGGAGGUAGAAAAACUGCAAGAAAAAAGAGAAAGAAGAAGGUUACAGCAACAAGAACUGAGAGAGAAAAGAGCACAGGAAGUUGAUGCUACAAAUCCAAACUAUGAAAUAAUGUACAUGAUCAGAGAUUUCCGGGCAAGCCUUGAUUACAGACCAUUAACAACUGCUGAUCUGAUUGAAGAGCACAGGAUAUGUGUUUGUGUAAGGAAACGUCCACUUAAUAAGAAGGAAAUGACCUUGAAGGAUCUUGACGUCAUCACUAUUCCCAGUAAAGAUGUUGUAAUGGUUCAUGAACCGAAACAGAAGGUGGAUUUAACAAGAUAUUUGGAAAACCAAACCUUCCGCUUUGACUACGCCUUUGAUGAUACCACUACAAAUGAAAUGGUUUACAGGUUUACAGCCAGACCUCUUGUGGAAACUAUAUUUGAGAAAGGAAUGGCAACGUGUUUUGCUUAUGGACAGACUGGGAGUGGGAAGACACAUACAAUGGGUGGUGAUUUUUCAGGAAAGAAUCAGGAUUGUUCUAAAGGAAUAUAUGCACUUGCAGCGCGAGAUGUAUUUCUGAUGCUCAAGAAACCGAACUACAAGAAGUUAGAUCUUCAAGUGUACGCAACAUUUUUUGAAAUAUACAGUGGAAAGGUUUUUGAUUUGCUGAACCGGAAAACCAAACUCCGAGUUCUGGAGGAUGGAAAACAGCAGGUUCAAGUGGUGGGAUUGCAAGAACGAGAGGUGAAAUGUACCGAGGAUGUAUUAAAACUCAUUGAAAUAGGCAACAGCUGCAGGACAUCUGGGCAGACAUCUGCUAAUGCUCACUCCUCAAGAAGCCAUGCAGUAUUUCAGAUUAUCUUGCGGAGGAAAGGCAAGAUGCAUGGCAAGUUUUCUCUGAUAGAUCUGGCUGGAAAUGAAAGGGGAGCAGACACCUCAAGUGCAGACAGGCAAACCCGCCUGGAAGGUGCUGAAAUUAACAAAAGCCUUUUGGCACUGAAGGAGUGCAUAAGAGCUUUAGGACGCAACAAACCUCACACUCCUUUUAGAGCAAGUAAACUCACCCAAGUGCUACGGGAUUCUUUCAUAGGGGAGAAUUCUCGAACAUGCAUGAUUGCUACCAUCUCGCCUGGAAUGGCUUCAUGUGAAAACACAUUAAACACACUGCGAUAUGCAAAUAGAGUAAAGGAAUUUGGAAUAAGUCCUUCAGACAUUCCCUUCUCCCAGGGUGGCGGCAGUCGCUCUGAGCUCUCUCCUGCCUAUGAGUAUGAUGACUUUUCUACUUCGCCCAGCAGAGUGAAGGAACUGACUAUCGACCCGAGUACUGUCAUGGAAGGACGUCCCAAUAUUCAUGCUGUCAAUCAGCUAGAUCCCUUGGAGGCUCAGUGGGGUGUUGGCAGCUCUCCUCAGAGGGAUGAUCUAAAGCUUCUUUGUGAACAAAAUGAGGAAGAGGUCUCUCCCCAGCUGUUCACAUUCCAUGAGGCCGUGUCCCAGAUGGUGGAAAUGGAGGAGCAGGUGGUGGAGGAUCACAGGGCUGUUUUCCAGGAGUCUAUACGGUGGCUGGAGGAUGAAAAAGCACUUUUGGAAAUGACUGAGGAAGUGGAUUAUGACGUAGACUCUUAUGCCACACAACUAGAACAAAUUCUGGACCAAAAAAUUGACAUCUUGACAGAACUCCGAGAUAAAGUGAAAUCAUUUCGAGCAGCUCUCCAAGAGGAGGAACAGGCCAGCAAGCAGAUAAAUCCUAAACGACCACGAGCCCUUUAGGAUGUAGUUUUAUGUUAAGGCUAAGUUGAAAUGGAAAAUCCACUAAACUCUCUCUACUGUAAAAUGAUCUAAUAACUGGUUGUGAAGAUCCGGCUGUUUGAAAACUAAAACUUGCUGAAAUGAAGAUUUCUAAUGUCCACUUUCCAUUGCACAUCAGACACUCCCCGUUGUGUUCAGAGAAGUGCUUCUCAUCCAGCAGCACAAAAAAAACAAAGGUUGGAUUCCAUAAGCACUUCCGUUUUUUACUUUUUAUUUUAAUUACCAAUAUAUGUUUUGAGCUCCUUGCCAACAUUUUUUUAAAGAAAAUGAAGUAAAACUGUGGACUUUUGGCUUCCAUAGUACCUGUUAAUCUUGUUGGAAUUUUGUUAUAAAAGAUUGGUGGGAUAGUUUUGAAAUGUAUGCAUGCUCAAACCAGCCGUGAUUGUAAUUUACCACCCAUAGACAUGACUGUGCUCACCUGUCAGUGCUGUAUAUAGCAGUGUUUCUUUAGGGGGACGGCUCAUUAUUCUGCUAAGUCGCAUAGUAAAUACAGUGAAUAAACUGCAUUACUUGUCAGUGUUCAUUUGUUUCCUUGGAUCUAUUUUGUGUUUUAUAACACGUCUAGUUUACUUUUGUGCCAUAUCAUGUUUUUAAAAGGCAGUUCUGAUGUGUUGCAUUGAAUUUCCAUUUACUGUAAAAAGUUUUUCAUCUCAUUUUAACACUUUCUUUGUAAAAAUAUGAAAAUUUUAUCUAAUGUAUAGUAACCGAACACUGACUUUGGAGAUAAGUUGUACUUCUAAGCGUUUAGUGUGUACGCCAGAUUCAAUGCUGGCUUAAAGAAUAAAGGUUCACUUGUAUGAUUUUAUACUGCAAUGUAUGAUAUAUUUAAAGACAAUGUUUUAAAAAAAUAGAAGUAUGCUAAUUUGUUUUACCAUUCAUAUAUGAUUCAUAACUUUUUGAGGUGAAAAUUUUUACUUUUUGGUAUUGUUCUCACUUGUGCAUAUAGUUCAAUACAAGACCCCAUACUGGUCAUUUCCAACGGUUUUGGCUCAGUAAUACAUGAACAACUUGCUUCACUUUGUACUAAGUCUAACCAGACAUGUCUAGUCGUUCGGUAAAGUACUGUGGUAAACUAAUUUUACUAAACCUUCACUAUUUCAAUCGAGUCAUUUCAUAACUACCUUGCUUUACCUUGUUAUGACCCAAUAGGUUCCAUGAUGUAAAAUGUAAAGCCUCCAUGCUUACAAACUCUGUAAACUUGUGAGCACUUUACUAACAUAAUAUGGAAUAAAAUGAAGAAAACCCUGAAUCAUUA